GAAGCUAGCGAAGGAGGAGGAAGAGGAGGACCAGAAGCAGGGCGGCCGCGGCCUGUGAAGGUGGUUCCUCCUCUGUCUUUCCUGGGCGCCAUGGCGGGGCCAGAGGAGGAGGCGGGGGCGAUGGAGGCCUCAGGGGGGUGAAUGUUGGCGGCGGCGGUGGCCCUGGUCGGUAAGGAGGAUGCGGGAGUACAAGGUGGUGGUGCUGGGCUCGGGCGGGGUGGGCAAGUCGGCGCUGACGGUGCAGUUCGUGACGGGGACCUUCAUCGAGAAGUACGACCCCACCAUCGAGGACUUCUACCGCAAGGAGAUCGAGGUGGACGCCUCGCCCUCGGUGCUGGAGAUCCUGGACACGGCGGGCACCGAGCAGUUCGCCUCCAUGAGGGACCUCUACAUCAAGAACGGCCAGGGCUUCAUCCUCGUCUACAGCCUCGUCAACCAGCAGAGCUUCCAGGACAUACGGCCCAUGCGGGACCAGAUCAUCCGCGUCAAGAGGUAUGAGAAGGUGCCUGUAAUCUUGGUUGGAAAUAAAGUGGACCUGGAGAGUGAGAGGGAAGUGUCAUCGAGUGAAGGUAGAGCUCUGGCCGAAGAAUGGGGUUGCCCGUUUAUGGAGACUUCUGCUAAAAGUAAAACAAUGGUGGAUGAGCUCUUUGCAGAGAUUGUCAGACAGAUGAACUAUGCCUCUCAGCCAGAUAAAGAUGACCCAUGCUGUUCUGCAUGUAAUAUACAAUAGCAUUCCGAAUGAUGGAAUUGGACCCAGUUGGCUGUAUUUUUGGUAAGGUUAUACAACUGGCUACUUCACUUCGUGAUUUAAAGUUGGGUCUUGUGGGAUAAAUCCAAAGUGGAGUCACGACAUUAACUCUAAAAGGAACCUUGAAGUUGAUCUGUGUAGCAAAAGAAUUGGGGAUAAGCUUCUAAAGUUCACUUACCUGCAGCACAUCUCCUACACCUGCAACUCUGUGGCAUAGCCAACAGUUUUACAGGGUGAGCACAAACAAUGUGUGUUGGCUUUGUCAGGUGCCAGCUACAGCUCUAAGCUAAGAGUUGAUGAUGGUGAAAAGGAGAGCACCAGCAAAAGACCCUUUGCACUCUGCAUAUUCUCUACUGAUAAGUAAAAGUUAACAAAAUUUGUGUGUCUGCAUAUUGAAUUUCAGGACUUGUCCCUUGUGGCCAAGCUCACUCAGUCAAAUAUGCUAAUCUCAUCUUUGACACAAGUGUUAGUAGGAUUUUUGGCAAAUUGAUGUGGUUUUCUCCCCCUUCCCCCCCUCCUUAAAUUUGAUUAUUUUCUAUGAUCCCAUCAUGCGAAAAGGAAAAUAUUCUAUCAUUACUUGAAAGUAAAGUGAGGAGCUCUGAAAAAAACCAACGGCUUGAGAAGAGAACAGUGGGACAUUGGAAUGUGUUAAAAUAUUCUGCUUUGCUGCUCAAACGUAGUGGAUUGCUUCGGAUGCUGUUCAGUCAAGAAACCAAACAAACCCUCUGUUUACAAAGCAGGCAAUGUGUUCAUCUCUUUACUGAACCAAGAAGAAGCAACUGUGAUGGGGGUAAAAAAAUUGCUUAGCCUUACUAACGAAGAAAGUUUUUAGCACAUUAACAAGUACCACCUUGUAAGGAAAAUGAAGCCAUGUUGUAUCCAGAUGUUCCUUCUUGCAGAAACCUCAUGGGGACUGUGAGCAUCCUGCAUUCUUCAGUUUAAGGAUACCAGUUUCUUUCUUGCCUUUAAGGGCUAUGUCUUUGAUGUGAUAUUCCCAACUAACAUAUGGAAUUCAAAUUUGCCAUUUUAUAGCUUUAAUGUUGGCAAUUUCGUUAAAUGAAAUAACUGUGUGAAGUUACUUUGGCUCAGAAGUUGAAUACACAAUAUUGUAAUUCUGUAUGUGAGCAAGAAAGAGGUUCUUGUCUUCAGUUGCCUAACAUGCUAGUCAGGUGCUGCUGCCAUACAGUGAUCCUGUUGCCCUGGUUAUUGCUGUGACAAGUAGUGAGUGAAAACAUUGUUUUGAAAUGGUGCUCUGCCUCUGAUCUUAAUUUUCAUAGCAGUGAAAUACUUUAUAAUUUGCAUGACUUAACAGCACCUGUUAUAUCUAUUCUGAUGUCUUACAAUCAAGGAAGUCUCCAAUCAGAAUGUCUAAGGUUGAAAUGCUGGAGUGAUCAUGUUGAGCUGGACCUUUAUGGAUUAAAUUUGGCCUUUAAAAUGCAAUAUCACUGAGCCUGUGGUCCAAAUGCCACCCCACCGAUUGGUUUCUCAAUCUUGUGAAGUAGCUGUGUAGUGUUUUGUGGAGACGAGUGGAGAUGAGUGUGUGUCUUGUGAGUGUGUAUGUGUGUGUAUGUGUAUGUGUUGGUGGGUGGGUGGGUGUGGAAACUUUUACAAAUGCUGUAAUGAACUUGAGUUCUGAGAUGUUUGCCUCCAUCAGCAGAAAAACAGCCUGCAAUCUAAAGUGUGUUUGAAGAAAAUACAAAAACAUGAGACAACACUUUGCCACUUUAUUUCUUACACAGCAGAAUACUUGUCAUUUAGUUUACUUUCCUAGUGAUUUGCUAAUAAUGAUGGAUGAUCAUGGGCCGCUAUUGCCUUAGUCCUUGCAUGAUUUUUUUUUUCAUAAUCAAGAAACAAAGAGUGUAAUGCUAAACAUGAAGUCCUACUCUAGAAAUGUAACUCUAUCCCAGGCAGCUUGGACAGCCUUGAAAGUUGUGGCACCUUUAGUACAUCUCAUAUUGACAACUUGCAUGCGUUCAGGGAGAGGAAAACUAUCAGCAGUUCACACUCCCUGAAAUAUCUGAGGAAUGUUAUACGGCUGUAGAUUUGUCUGUUAAGAAAAUAACAAGUCUCACCUCUCAGAUAAGAAUGAGGUAAGCAAUUAGAACCUUAAUUUUGAUUGCAUAUUUUGCCGAUUUGAUUAAAAAGAGUUUCCUGUUUUGCAUGUCAAAUUGUUAAUGUAGUCAUAAGUAAAAUGAAUGACAGGCACACAUGGAAUUUCUGGUAAAAAUGGGCAUGAUUUUCAUGUAGAAGUCCUCACAUAACAUGGUAGUUUUGAACAAAAUAACAAUUCAGAGUACUUCCAUAGUAACACUUCAUUGCUAUUUUAGAGGCAAAGCAUUGUGUGUUCCCAGAAAAGUGUAACCAUUGUAUGAAAUACAUAAUUUCCAGGAGACUGUUUGCUACUUGGAUCCUGCUUACAUGGCUAUAGUGGGACACUCAAGGGUAUAUUUAAUGAAAAUAUUUUAAAUCAGCAGAAGGGGUAUUAAAGGCUACAGAUAAUCACAUUUACAUGGGUUUUCCCCUCAUGACAUGUGUUUAGGCCAGUGAAGGGGUAAAUCACAGAUAAAAUAGGUGUCUGGUGUCACCAGUUGUCUAGUGCCAAUCCAAGCAGUGCCAGUGUUGUGUGGUUCCUCUCUCUCUUCCUGUGGUGCUGAUGAGGUUCUUGCUCUUCUAGCCAUAACUUUGAUGCAUCUGUCUUUUUAUAUUAGUUUUCAUUGGCUGACACUGAAGAUAGGCUUAAAGAAACUAGGCAAGGUGAUGGUCAGCCUCCCUCUCAACUGGGCUACUUGACAACCCUGGCUGAAUGCCUCUGGAUGUAUGGCACUUUUCAGAUGUAAACCUUGCAAUCUUCCAACAAAAUGCCAUAGCGGAGUUUCUCCAUUUAUAGAUAUUGCAGUGUGGCACAUUGGCAUGCAUCAGUGCCAUUAUAGAUCUUGGAAGUUGCUUGUCAAGGAUGACUGCUUAUUUUUGUAUCCCAAUCAGAUUCCAAUGAUAGUCCAUUAUUUUGGGUAUAACAUGCCUUAAAAUAUUAUCAUUUGAUCCAAAGACCCACUGUUCUUUAGCUAUUCUUGUAGAGCUUUGUAUUUUUCUGCAGCUGGCUUUUUUUAAGUUGAUACUGUUGUAGGAUGUUCAACUUCUUUUGAAAACAUUUUGUCCCCUCUUACAAAAGUAGAUCAAACCAGCAUCUGUUCUAAAAGUUGUUAAAGAUAAGCCCUCCCCUGCUCGCCCAUCCAGUCCACAGCCUUCCACUUAUUGAUAGCAGCUUUUGAGGACUUCUUGGACUUCCUCUCCUGGUAGGACCAACAAUAGACUUUAAUUCCACUCCUGUUUUAAAAGUAGCAUUAGGUUCUGUGGGCAGACUUACCAGUAUUUAUUUUCAACAUGACACAUGCUGCCUAAAGAUGUUGUCCGUUUAAGGUGAGGGGAUUCAUGGCUUUUCACCAGUAUGCAACUGAAGCACUGAUUGGACUGUAAUUACAAAACUCCAUGACAAAGAAAAUUUGGCAACUGCAGCAAUUUAAAUGUGCAUGGUUCCUCUGUCAGUUCUUGAUCAGGGUUUCCAGAAGGGAUUGCAGUGUGUUUUUGAAAACUAGGUGUAAUAAUUGACCGUUUGGGAUAUCCUAGAGUUGAAUAAAGAUACUUAACAGUUAAUGAUUGAGCUGUGUUACAACUGAUAGCUGGAAAAAUGGAGUACGUUUUGUAAGGUGUCAGUUGUUUAAAUCAAGAGGUUUCAAAAUAAGUCAAAUUGUACAUAGAACUCAAUGCAGACUCAGCAGUUGUAUUUGGAGUUAAAUUAUUUUAACAAAUAAAUUUAUUUAAUGAAA